AUGCUUAAAGUAUCUGCCUUGUUGUUGGUCACCUUGUUGACCAUUUCAUUUGUUGCCGCACAGGAUGUUGAGAUCAUUAGCUCGAUAAUCCCAGGUGGUGAGUGCACAACCAGUUCAUUGGCAAUUGGAGACAAAGCAUCUGUUCUCUACGUUGGAAAGCUAGAGGAUGGAACUAUAUUCGAUGCCAGUGAGAAGCAUGGAGGACAGCCCUUCGAAUUCACUCUUGGUGAAGGAAAGGUCAUCCCAGGUUGGGAGAGAGGUGUACAGGGAAUGUGCAUGGGUGAGAAGAGAGAGAUCAGGAUCCCAUACCAGCUUGCCUAUGGCGAGAGCGGUAUCCCAAAUGCCAUCCCACCAAAGGCCAACUUGCUCUUUGAAGUCACUGUCGUGUCAAUCGAGAAGUUGUCAGAGAUUCCAUUCAUCUACCGUCUGAUCCCAUCGAGUCAGAGCAUUGGUGCCUUCAUCAUUGUGACUGUGUUUGUGCUCAUCCUCAAGAAUGUGCUUCAGAGGUUCCCAACCUCUGAUGGUAAGCCAAAGCCAAGAACCAAGCCAUCCAAGGAGUCAAAGAAGAAAGAUAAUUAA